AUUUCAUUCAUAGUUUAUGACAAGCAGGCGGUAAAAAAGAAGAAACGCACGUUUUAAGGAAUUCUUAAGUACGCAAACAACCCAACACCAACUAUCACCUUAAACGUCAACUAACCGCUAAACAUAAAACUCAAGCAAACGCCUUAGAGCUUAUUAGCAAAUAUCACAUACAAUUGCUUAAUCGCAAAAUCAACAACACCGGUGGUAAAACGAAAACAAAAAUCAUAAAAUAAUUAACAUAAAUCUUUGCUGUUUAGAUUACGAAUAAAUAAUAUAAAAAAUGCAAAUUAAAAAUAAACCAAAAUAAAAAUAUAAAAUAAAAAUAAAAAAUCAGCAAUUUAUACAAAAACGUUUGUUGUAGAGCAGAAUAACAAAUGGGUUUUUGAUACUACAAGUAUCAAAUCGGCCAAAGCCACUUUUAUACGCUUUUGGUUUUUUUUAAUAAAAUAAAAUAUAUUUCUAUAUAUAAGAAAAAUAUACAAAUUUAUAAAAUCAACAAAUCAACAAAGAAAAUUUAGAUAAAACAAUAGAUAUAAAACGAAAGACUAAAAAGUGUUAAAAAAAUUCCAAAAUCAGUUUAUAUUUAAAAUAAAUGUCUGACAUUUCUUGUGAAAUUAGUAGAUUCCGCAAAAGGUUCGCCACAGCAGUGCAAGCAGCAAUAACUAAAAAUAAUUAAAAUAAAAAAAUUCAAAAAAUUUCCAUGUUUUAAGACAGAAGUUUGACAUUUAACAAACAGAAAGUAAAAAAAAAUAAUUAAAAGGAUGGAUAUCGACAAAGCUUUGGAAAAGUGCGGCAAUUAUGGUCGUUAUCAAUUAGUGUUGUUGAUCUUGUAUGGUUGUACAAAUCUGAUGUCCUCCAUGCACUAUUUCUCACAGACUUUGAUCUCAUUUACACCGGAUUACUGGUGUUAUCAUGAACAAUUGAAAAAUAAAACAUUUUCGGAAAUUUCAGGAAUUUAUAAGAAUUUUCAAAAUCCUCAUUGUACUUUGCUGGAGUAUAAUGAUGGUGUUUUCGAAAAAGCGGAAGUGGGAGAGUGUCGUAAGUGGUUUUAUAAAAAGGAAAAUGGCUACGAAAGUAUAACAACUGAGCUAAACUGGGUUUGUGACUCAGCUUAUCAGUUGGCUGUGGGUCAAUCAUUUUAUUAUUUGGGUGCUGUAGUGGGUACCAUUACUUUUGGUUUCUUGGCCGAUCGUUUGGGACGUUUACCUGCCAUUGUUUUGAGUACACUUUCUGGUGGUUUGGGAGACUUUUUAUCCUCUUUUGUCCACAAUGUGGGAAUGUUUGCUUUAAGCCGUUUUAUAUCUGGUUUGUCGACAGAUACAUUUUUCAUGCUUAUGUAUAUAUUGGAUUUUAUUAGUUAUAUCUACAUUUGGCUGAAUAGUGUUAUUUGGGCUUAA